GCUCUCCAUGAGUGAGAGUAUUUAUGUGGAUUUUUGUGUGGUGUGUUGUUGAUAUUGCAGUACAUAUUGGAGACGAAUGCAUAUCCGAGAGAGCACGAGCAGCUGAAAGAACUCAGGGAGGCCACGGUCCAGAAGUACCAAAUCCGGAGUAUAAUGAACGUGCCGGUUGAUGAGGGGCAGCUGAUCUCCAUGAUGUUGAAGCUCAUGAAUGCGAAGAAGACAAUCGAGAUCGGAGUCUUCACCGGCUACUCUCUUCUGACCACCGCACUUGCACCUCCGGCCGACGGCAAGAUAAUAGCGAUAGAUCGGGAUAAGGAGGCCUAUGAAAUUGGCCUGCCAUAUAUCUGAAAAGCCGGAGUCGAUCAUAAGAUCAACUUCAUCCAGUCGGAUGCUUUCUUGGUUCUAAAUGACCUCAUUGCAAAUAGCCAAGAACAGGGGACCUUUGAUUUUGCUUUUGUGGAUGCGAAGAAGGACGACUACAUGAAAUACCACGAGCUGAUGCUCAAGCUGGUGAAGGUCGGAGGAAUGAUCGGGUACGACGACACCCUGUGGUUUGGUGCGGUCGCACUCUCCGAAGCCGAUGACAUGGGCGACCACCUGAAGCUCUGGAGAGACCAACUCAGGGAGUUCAACAGCUUCCUGGCGAAGGAUCCACGCGUCGAGUGCUGUCUUCUUUCUGUCGGAGGUGGCCUCACGCUUUGUAGGCGCCUCUAUUAGAAACCUCCUUACGGUCCAGAAGCAGGAGGUUACAAGGACCUUGGUGAGUCAUUGGACUCCUUACUUGUUGACGCAAGGUCCAUAUGAUGUUUCACGAAUUUCGUACAUGAUUUGUUCCCGAGAGUUCCUCGGGAAGUAGCAAAAGUUCGACGGUAUUUGUAAUCGACCGACUUAUAAUCAUGCGAGAAUAAGUUUCGAGAACGUCAAAAACUUGUCAAAAACUUUUUUCCAUGUAUCAU